CCUAACCUGAUUUAGUCACACGAAAUAGGUGCUUAAGGAUGUCGUAUAAUUUGGUUGUGGAUGGUGUAGAAACCGAAGUGACCAUCAACAAAGAAAAUUUGAGGUUUGAGUCAAAAGGCAAUGUAGAUAUUAGUUACCGAUUCGAUGAUGUCAUAGGAUGUGAAGAGGAAAUCAUGGGGUGGUUUUGGAGAACGGAAGUGACGCGGGUGUGGCUAAUCGAACAUGGAUCUUCCAACGCAUUACUAAAGCAAUCGAAAGUUGUGUCUGGGGACGAAAGAAAAGGUUUCCAACACGAUUUAUCAGAGAAGAUAGCAAAGGAAACAAAGCGUCCCAAAAGAGUGUUGAUCAUGAUCAACCCUAAUGGAGGUGAUCGUACUGCCAGGAAGGAUUUCAGGGAUAUAGUUGAGCCGGUGUUCAGACUUUCAGGAAUGUCCAUGGAUAUAAUUUGUAAGUUUAACAUAUUUAGUGCUUUAAAAUUAUCCAAACUGCUAGAUGAUACUUAUUCAAUUUAG